CGACUGUGGGGCGGUCUUUUUUUUAACUUCUGUUCAUUCCUGCCUAGAGUCUUGACGGAACAGUGCAAACAUCAUGAACUCACUAUGCUGCAUCGCUUCGAUUAUCUGUCUGGUUUUCAUAGCACGGCAUACCGACGCCAUGCCAUCGUAUCUGUACAGUAUGAUGAAUAACUGUAAAUACAACUGGGAUUGUAACUACGGUGAGACCUGUAUUGGAAUGGUGUGCGAACCGACAAUGAAGCUUCAUAGCUGUACAAACGACGAGACGUGCAGACCUUACGAUAAGACGUGUGUUAACUGGUACUGUCGUGACGUCAACAACUCAUACAGGAAUUAUAUGCCGGCAAAGAAAGCUGGGCCAGGCCCCUGGUCGAAAUAUCUCAUCAGUCGUUUGAGCAAGAAUAAGCAAAGAAACUAGUCAAUGAAUCCUAUAUCGCUUUGAUUUGUUUUCAUGUGUAUUCUAUACAGCGCCACCUACGUUUGCAAAAAAGUAUUGUAUAUUUUCUCCACUAGAAGUUUGAAAUUUGACAAUCUGUAAUCAAUCAUCAAAUCACUUUGUUGCCAUGGAUAUGUCUUGAUAUUGGCUAAGUCUUCAUUCAAUCUUGUGUAUGCAACAAUGCAUGCAUAAUAUUGAAUCAUAAUUUCAAAGAAACCGCCCUCUAGUGUCUACUAUAUACAAUUAUUACGAUAGUAUAUCGAUCUACACAUGCUGUAUCAUAAAUAAUAAUAAUAUUAAUAAAUCAAUAAUUUUUUAGAUUUGCAAUGAUUGAGAUAUUUACAUGUAGUUGCAUGUUCAGUUAUAUAAAUAUACAUAUAUUAUACACUCGAAAUCAAUAGACAAUACA